AUGGUCCGCAAUAUCAUUGUUCUCGGAGGCAACUCCCACCCGGAGCUCCUCAACAGUGUUUGCAACAACCUCGGGCUGAACCCAUGCGAGCGCAUUCUGUCAAAGUUCUCUGUUGGAGAGAGCCGCUGCGAGAUCAAGGACUCUGUGCGCGGCAAGGACGUCUUUAUCGUCCAGACUGCGUCUGGCAAUGUCAAUGACAACUUCAUGGACUUGUGCAUCAUGAUCUCUGCCUGCAAGACGGGCUCCGCCAAGAGAGUUACGGCUGUCAUGCCUCUGUUCCCCUACUCGAGACAACCCGAUGUCCCCUACAAGAAGGCCGGCGCACCUCUCUCAAAGCCAGCAGCAGGGACAUCCAAGAACUACACCUUUGAGAGUGUGCCUGCGACCCCGGGUCCUGGUAUUGCGCGCAGCAUGGGCCUCCCCAACGGCAUUGAUGGCAUUGCCUCAAAGCUGGCUAAGAGCAAGCUCAACGAGGAGCGAUCUAAUGGUAUGAACGGCGUCGACCAUUCCAAGACCAAUGGCAACGGUCGUAGCCACCACGACUCUGUAUCCUCUCAGGUCAGCUACACCAACCACGACAACGAGCAACAAAACCGAAUCGAUGGCUUCCAGUCCAAGCCUGGAUACAAGCAGUGGGUUGCCCAAGCUGGCACACUGGUUGCUGACCUCCUGGCUUGCGCUGGUGCGGACCAUGUGUACCAGGGCUUCUUCGAUGUGCCGGUCGAUAACUUGUACGGCAAGCCCCUCCUCAUGAGGUACAUCCGCCAGAACAUCCCCAACUAUAAGGAUGCUGUGGUUAUCAGUCCCGAUGCUGGUGGAGCCAAGCGCGCCACUGCCAUCGCUGAUGAGCUGGACAUGGCUUUCGCCCUGAUCCACAAGGAGCGACGCCCGACCAAGUACACCGAGCAACGCAAUGCCAGCAUGAUGCUGGUGGGUGAUGUCAAGGACAAGGUCUGCAUUCUCGUUGACGACCUCAUCGAUACCGGCAACACCAUUACGAGAGCUGCCAAGUUGCUCAAGAAGGAGGGUGCUACUCACAUCUAUGCUCUCUUGACGCACGGCAUUCUCAGUGGUGACGCCAUUCCGCGUAUUAACGCUUCCGCCAUCGACAAGAUGGUCGUGACCAACACCGUUCCUCAAAAGGACCACAUGCGCGCCUGCUCCAAACUCGAGUUUCUGGACGUCUCUCCGGUCUUUGCGGAGGCUAUCCGUCGUGUUCACCACGGCGAGUCGAUCAGCGUCCUUUUCCAGCACAACUAA